AUAAGAGGAAGAAGUUUGUUCUCUCUUGCAACAUUUGCAAUAGCUCCUCUGCUCUUCUCUGAGGUUGCAGGUGGAUUACAGUUUAUUUGCAGACGUACGCACGAUUGACACAGCGGAUUUAUAAUUGGGAAUUUAAACAUCUAGACUUAAAAUAUCAGAUCCUGUUUACCAUUCAACUCUGUUAGUUCUGCCCCAUCUUUUGUUUUAUUAUUAUUAUUUUUACAGCCUGUGGCACAUUCUUUGCCUAUCCACCAAUGUCUGAAGAAGUUACUUAUGCAGAUCUAAACUUCCAGCACUCCAGUAAGACAGAAACUAUUCAGGAAUCUGACCAUUUGGAGAAAAAAGCACCUUCUGCUCCAUCCCGGGUGUGGCGUCGAACUACCUGGGCCCUGAGUCUUCUAUGCCUUCUACUGCUGAUUGGAUUGGGAAUCUUGGGAAGCAUAUUUUACAGAACCUCGAAGAUAGAAAUGAGAAAACUGAAUAAACUGCAAAAUCUCAAAGAAGAACUUGAGAGAAAUAUUUCUCUGCAACACAGAAGCAUCAUGAAUAUUUCCAUCACACUGCAAAAGAUAGCCACCGAAUUGUGUCGUGAGCUAUACAAAACCCAAAAAGAGCACAAAUGUAAACCUUGUCCAGAGAAAUGGCUGUGGCAUGAGGACACCUGUUAUGGCUUAUCUGAUGAUGCUGAAACAUGGCAAAACAGUAUAAGCAGAUGUUCUGCUUGGAAUGCCAGUCUACUGAAGAUUACGUCAGAAAGUGUUUUGGAAUUUGUAAAACUCCAGAGGUUUAAUGACGUUUGGCUGGGAUUAUCUCCGGGACAAAAGAGAUACGACUAUAUGCUCUUGAAAGACAAAAUUAACUCUUCUGACUGGUUUACAGUAAACACAGACCACUUAAAUGAUAAAUACUGUGGAUAUAAAGCCACCACAUAUGUUUAUUAUGAUGACUGUACUGCAAGAAAAACAUUCGUAUGUCAGAAACUGGCUGAUAAAGUGAAGAUUGAAAUGCUUAGUAUUCCAGAGGAAAGAGGGUAGUUAGUGCAAUUUUUUGGCUCAGCUAAUAUCCUGUAGUUGAAGGCAACUUUAGAGAGCAGGUAUAUCCUGGGAUAUACAAGAAGAAUAAAGAUGUGGUAAAACUAAAUUUCUACCUUUUCCUUAACAUUUACCUCUUCAAAUUUCUUCUUUCACUUCAUAUUCUUAAUGAAAGGAAUGAAAAUUCAUAAUUUGCAAAUGCUGAUGAGCAUAACUACAGUGUUUUCUAGUCAGAAGACAGGAACAUGAAGCUGAUUUUCCCCUUCUUUUCGUUAAAUAAGCAAGAUAAAUACCAACCUUAUAGAAAAUCAGAGAAAAUUAAAUCCAAGAACAUAUUGAUUUAUGUAUAUUUAUGAGUCAGAAUUUUCUUGACAGCAAUGGGGUUCUUUUUGAAAUAUAUAUAUAAAUUAUGUGUAUAUAAAUAUGUAUUGACCAAUUGGGGCUCACAGUAAUUCCAGGAUGAUUCAAUAUUUUGAUAGAAAGAGUGGAAGAGGAAAAAAGGAUCAUUUCUAUAAAUAUUGAAGCAUUUGAUGCAAUUCAACACUCAGUCAUCAUAAAACCUAUCAGAAAACUAGAAGCAGAAGACUUCCUUAAUCUAAUAAACUGUGUCGACCUUAAAAAAGUGAAGAUAACAAAAAGCCUAAGGCUAAGAUCAUACACCUCUUGGUAAAAUUGUCUUUGUUUUUUUUUGAGUUCUGGACAAGAUAAAGAUAGUCAUUACCAUUUCUUUUAUUUAAUAACCUCCACUGUGUAAUUUUUUUACUGUGUAAUGAAAGACCUAGUUAUUGGAAUAAGGCAAGAAAAAGAAAUAGAAAAUAUAAAAAUGUACAAAGGAGGACCAAGAACAUUUUUAUUUUUAAAUAAUUGUGUACAUUAAAAAGUCCAAUAGAAUAUAUGAAAUAUUUAAAUAAAUCCAUUUAUCAGAAUAAUGGGAUAAAAUCUCUAUAAAAGUCAGUCAUAUUUCUAUAUAUUAGCAGAUAUAAGUAAAAUUAAAAAAAAUAAUACCAUCUAAAAAAACAUUCAAAACUUAAAAUAGCACUAACUCAAAUAAAAGUGAGAUAAAGCUCUACAUGGAAAAAUUGCACACAAUCUGCAGUCAUUCCCCAGCCCAAAGUAACAUCCCUUACCCAAGGAUUUCAAUAUCUAAUGACUGGUAAGCAUGGAGGAACAAUGACUCUGCCCUUUUCCCCGACGUAGAGCCACUUUGAAAAAUAAUCCCAGCACCAGAAUUCCUCAUAAACCAAAACCAGUUGCCUUCAAGUCAAUUCCAAAUUAUGCGACCCCAACUGUCGGAAAGUGGAACUGUGAUCCACAGGGUUUUCAGAGCUAUGACCUUUCAGAAGAAGAUCACCAGGCUUUUUUUUCCAUGGCACCUCUAAAUCAAACCAACCAAACCUGUUGCCAUCAAGUCGAUAUCUACUCAUAGGGCACCUCUGGAUGGGUUCAAAUCACCAACAUUUUUGUUAGUAGUAGAGAGCUUAACUGUUUGUACCUCCUAGGAAUGCUCAGUAGAGACAGUCAAAUACUCCACUGAGAAUAUAUCAUUUUCCCUUCUGCCCAACCCUGCUGUCUUUCCUUCCCUUCCUCAGGUAGUGAGCCCAGGCACACUCCACAAUAAACCCCCCACAAGUUCAUUUCCAUCAAAAAGUUUGCUUCUAAGGGAACCAAACCUGUUACAGUGGGUGGGAAGAAUGGUCCAAGAAAGCAGACUUUAAGCAGAAAUACGGGCCAUGAAUCACCUGCUGCCCAGCUGACAAUGAGGAGGACCCCAUUACAGGUAUGAGGCACAGUUACAGACUGAUUGUGAAAAAUCCUACCAGUGGUGAACUGGGUUGAUGAACCAGUGGAAGGGAAUGCACUGUUGUUGUUUUAACUGGCAUUAAGCCAGUUUUGACUCCUAGUGACCCCAUGUGACAGAAAAGAACUUCCUCAUAGGGUUUCCUAGUCUUUAAUCUUUAUGGAAGCAGAUCUCCAUGUCUUUCCUCAUGGAGCUGCUGGAUAUGUUCAAAGCGCAAAGUGUUCAGUUAGCAGCUGAGUACUUAAUUAUUAUACCACCAAAGUAUUUGAGAAGUAUAGGAGGGAACAGAUAAAAAGUAAAAGGACAGUGGAAUUAGCAGUUGUUUCUAAGCUCAAUUAAACGCAGACUGAAAGUGAAUAAUCAGAAAAGAAGAAGAAGACAGACAGAAAGCCUUCCCCUAGAGCCAAUACCCUGAAUUUGGACUUCUAACCUACUAGACUAUGAGAAAAUAAAUUAAAAAAAAAAAAAAAAA